AUGAUUCUUCACGCCCUCCCGGUUGGGUUGGAUGACGGUGACCAUGUCGAGUUAGCUGCAGCGUCGCUAGGUCUGCGCAACUUCUCAGGGUCCAACAGCGAGACUCCGGGUUUAUCCGGUCUUAGUGCUAAGAGGGUUGCAUCGGGUCCAACUACUAUGGAGUCGUCGGCUCCUGCGCAGUGUGCACUCGCUCUUGCCCUUGUUGAGCCUAUUACCGUGCUUGUGGAGCGGGUUACCGAUGUGGUUAUCCCAGUUUCAGGAGAUGCAUCUGAGGGUGGCGAGUAUGUUCCUUCCGCCAGCGUGGAUGCCGAGAUAUCUGAGCAGGUGCCCGUGGAGGCGGUAACGGACGAGGCUGCAGAGCAGGUGCCCGCGGAGGAUGCGAUAAAUGAGGCUGCAGUGCUGGACGGGACAGAGGUCGUGGCAACCGCUUAG